AACUGACGCCCCGGAAAUAUGUGUUCUUGUCUUGUCUUGUUUCUAAAGCACAGUGAGACUGAAGGCUUCAAGUGAGACGAGAUACAAAGAUUACGAUCUAAGGUUUUAUCUCGCUCCUGGCUUGUGGAGUUAUUAUCCAGGCGUCGAGAGAGUGAAAUUCGCCUGGAAUUUUCAUAUUUUUGUCAUAAAUCUACGUCAGUGACACUUUGUAAAUAGAAUUACCAUUUAUAUGUGAUGGAGAAUCAGCUACAAGUACGAGAUCGUGUCGGCGUCCAAGAUUUUGUUCUUUUGGAAGACUUUAAAAAUCCUGAUGCAUUUGUGGAUAAUUUAAGAAAACGCUACAAAGCCGAUCUGAUUUAUACUUAUAUUGGAAAUGUUGUCAUUUCGGUGAAUCCAUACAAGAGUUUAAAUAUAUAUUCAAAUGAAGCGAUCGACCAGUAUAGAGGAGUGAAUUUGUACGAACAGCCUCCGCAUGUGUAUGCUAUAUCAGAUGCAGCCUACCAUUCUAUGAAAGAAGAAAGACUUGACCAAUGUGUGCUUAUAUCUGGUGAAUCAGGCUCUGGUAAAACAGAGGCUUCGAAGAAGAUACUUCAGUACCUUGCUGCCAUCAGUCCUUAUUCUUCUGAUGUUAAGCGUAUCAAAGAUAAACUCCUAAAGUCAAAUCCAUUAUUGGAGGCCUUUGGAAAUGCCAAAACGAACAGAAAUGAUAACUCAAGUCGAUUUGGAAAGUAUAUGGAUAUCCAAUUUGAUUUUAAGGGCUCGCCAAUUGGAGGUCAUAUUAUUAACUAUCUGCUUGAGAAAUCUCGAGUUGUUCAUCAGUGUAAAGGAGAGCAAAACUUUCACAUUUUUUAUCAACUGCUUCGUGGUGCUGAUAAUAAAGAAUUGGAACGUUUACAGUUGAAAAGAGAUCCUGAGGAAUAUAAGUAUUUGAAUCAGGGUGAUGUAUCUGUCAUUAGAAACCUGACAGACGAAGAAGGCUUCCAGAUUGUUAAAGAUGCUCUCAAAGUCAUUGACUUCACUAGUGAAGAGCAAGAUGACUUAUUUGCAAUUAUUGCAUCCAUACUUCAUGUUGGUAACAUUGAUUUUAAAGUAGCCAAUGAAGGAGUAACGCUUGUUGAUGAUAAUGAAGUGAUAAUUGUUACAAAGUUGCUUGGAUGUCCUGAAAAUGGCUUGAAGAAAGCAUUUCGACAUCGCACUGUUGACGUGAAAGGAGAAAAGGUUCAAACAUUGCUUACAAUGGAACAAGCUGCGUAUGCAAGAGAUGCUUUGUCAAAAGGUGUAUAUGAGAGAUUAUUUUCUUGGCUUGUGUCGCGUCUCAACACGUCACUCAAAGGCAAGAAACACCUCGGGAAAACGUCACUUCUGGGUAUUUUGGAUAUAUAUGGUUUUGAAAUCUUUGAAGAUAACGGGUUUGAACAAUUCUGCAUCAAUUAUUGUAACGAGAAAUUGCAGCAACUAUUCAUUGAGUUGACAUUAAAAUCAGAACAAGAAGAAUAUAUGAAAGAAGGAAUCGAGUGGGAACCCGUGGAGUAUUUCAACAAUAAAAUUAUAUGCGAUUUAAUCGAAGAAAAACACAAAGGCAUUAUUGCCGUUCUGGACGAAGAAUGUCUAAGACCUGGUGACGUUUCUGAUAUGACAUUCUUAUCAAAAUUAAUUACGUCAAUCGGAAAGCACGAGCAUUUUGUUUGUCACGAAAUGUCGGAUUACGAGGGAAGGAAAGAUAUUGGUCGAGAAGAAUUCCGUUUGAAACAUUACGCGGGUGACGUCACGUACAGUGUGUUAGGUUUCAUCGAUAAAAAUAACGAUCCACUCUAUCGAGAUUUUAAAGAGGCAAUGUCUUUGAGUAAGAACACCAUCGCGUCCAGUGCUUUUCCCCGAAGUGAAAUCGAAAGCAAGAAGCGUCCUGGCACGGCUGCCACGCAAUUCAAAACAAGUUUAAACAAUCUCAUGGGUAUUCUCCUGUCCAAACAACCAUCUUAUGUACGAUGUAUAAAACCAAACGACUAUAAACGUUCUGGAAAUUUUGACGAGAAAUUGAUUCAUCAUCAAGUAAAGUAUUUAGGUUUAAUGGAAAAUUUACGAGUGCGAAGAGCUGGUUUCGCAUAUCGACGUAAUCAUAAGGUGUUUCUUGAAAGGUACAAAGCUUUAUGUCCUGAAACGUGGCCAGUCUGGGAAGGAAGUGCAAAAGAUGGCGUGCUAAAGCUUUGUCAGCAUCUUAAAUACAAAAAUGAAGAAUAUAAAAUGGGAAAAACAAAAAUAUUCAUCAGAAAUCCUCAGACUUUGUUCACUACUGAAGAUCUGUUUCAGCACAAAAAACAUUAUAUAGCAACGGUUAUUCAGAAAACCUUUCGUGGAUUCAGUGCAAAGAAACGAUUUUUUAUAAUGAAAAAUGCUGUGACACUUAUUGCUACGCAUUGGCGUCGUGUGGUUGCACAAAGAUUGAAGGAGAAACGGAAAAGGGCUGCUGUUGCCAUUAGAAAGUUCAUAAAAGGUUUCAUGAUGCGUAAUGAACCAGCUUGCGAGGAAAAUGCUUGGUUUAUAUGCUGUACAAGAAAAUGGUUCUUGGGUGAACUGUCAAGAAACCUUCCAAAAAAUGUUUUGGAUAAAUCUUGGCUCACUCCACCGCCAGCUGUUAAAGAGGCUUCUGAUCUCUUGCGGAGUCUGCACUCACGAAUUUUGGUGAGAAAGUAUGUCCGAACAUUGUCAGAAGAAAGAAAAACACAGCUGACGAUGAAAUUGGCAGCUAGUGAGACAUUCAAAGGGAAAAAGACUUGUUAUGAGGAGAGCGUUUCACUGCCUUUCGUGUUCAACAGAUUAGAUUCGACUCUGGAAGCAGCAAAGAAAAAUCUAUUUGACAACUCACGUGAAGGUCGUGAAGAAACUAAGUAUUGCAUAGAAGUUGUUAAGUACGAUCGUCAUGGUUAUAAAGCAAGAUCACGUGUUUUGAUAGCAACCAAUGAGGCCAUUUAUUUAGUUGAGGCGCCUAGCUUUAAAGUUAAAGAAAAAAUUAGCCAUUCUAUACUGACAGGUAUAUCUGUCAGUUCUCUGGGUGAUAAUCUUUUUAUACUUCAUACAAGUUGUCAAGAUAAAGAGGAUAAGGGUGACUGGAUUCUCACCAGCCCUAAAAUAAUUGAAACGGUGACGCAACUGUUAAUGAUUACAAAUAUGAAAGAUACAAUUCAUAUUGAAGAAUCUAGUAUUACUCAUUCAUUACCGAAGGAAAAAAAAGGAUACAUAACGUUUUCCAAGGGUAAUCAGCUCUUGAUUAUGAAAGGAAAAACGGGCAAUCUGGAAGUGAGUGUACCCUCGUAAAUCAAAGGAUUACCUUUAGGAGAAUGGUUUUUUGAUAAAAGAACGUAUUUGUUAUGCAUCAUUUGCUUACUCAGUAUACUUAAAUAGUAUUCAUUGAAAAAUGGGUAAAAUUUGUACGAAUUCAAUUUUUUUAGAAGCAAAUGUUUUUGGAAUAUUCGAAUUUUUGUAAUUCUUAGCUGUUGUCAGUAUUGCUGAUGAUCACUGAUUGUUUAUUAAAAAACAAAUAAUGUGUUUCGUAUGGA